AUGUCCGCCCUCGCGUUCGCGUUCGACGACGCGAUCGAGCCCUCGACCGAGGGCGCGCUGUGCGACAAACUCCUCGCCCUGUCCGCGUCGUCGACGACGACGGCGCGCGCGAGGUCGAGGGAGGACGUGAGCGCGUUGAUUGGAUUCGCCCUCGCGUCGCGAUCGAUCGCGAUGGCGUUCGACGACGACGCGGACAGGGCGACGGACGGGACGUCUGUGACGGCGUGCGGGGACGCGCGCGUGGCGUGCGCGAGGUCGGCGAGUGGGAUCUACGCGUGCGCGCGAGGGAGGGGAUGGAAUGAUGGGGCGAUGCGGGCGACGGCGCGGGAGAUGCUUCGGCGCGGCGCGGCGGCGGUCGCGUCCGGCGCGGCGCCGUCGGU